GUCGUACUUUUUGAUAGUCCAAUGUUCCUAAUUUUAGAUUGAAAUUUGAAUUUUGUGCAGUGUCGGCGUUUUUAUUAGUUUUGUGUCAGUCAUACUUAUAUCUAUUGAGCGUUAAACUGAAUUUAAAUUUACAAACUUAAUAUUUGUAAUGGAGGCUUUUAUCGAAAGCGGGGAUUUAAAAAGUGCGUGGUGCCUGGUUGUACUGAUACACUCAGUAAAAGGCAUACACAUUUACAAAAUAUGAUGCCGUUUUUUUAACAAAUGCAUCCAGCAAGUGCGAAAUCCAGUUUUGGACAAUAAAAGUCACGAACAACUUUAUAAAAGACAUUUGGUGUGUGACUUACAUCUUUCAGAAAGUGCCUGGAACGAAGAGAGGUCUGAAAAGAACAGCUUCUCCUACAUUACAUCUUCCAGAACUUCAAUCUUCAAAUAAGUAAUAACUUUGAUUACAUAUAUAAACCAGGUAUGGUUUCGGAAACCAGAGUAGUUCCGAAACUCGUGAAGGUAGUAGAGAAAUUGCUAAUUGCAAAUUUACAUGGUACAUCGGUAAUACCGAUUAUUUUUUAUUACUAACAACUUGCAUAACUGUUAUUUUUAUGUAUUGUAUCAAAAAAAUACACAUUCAAAAAAAAAUUAAGGUUGAGACUAUAUCUAAUGUAUAUAAUUUGAAUAUUUAAUUCAAAUUUAGGUCCACAGUGUAAAAAGGAAGUCCAAAGAUGGCAAUAGGUAUUCUAUAUUUUUAAAGGGUUCUAAUCAGUUGGUAUAGGUUCUAUAAAAAGUUUGGAGUAUAUCCCAGGGAUGGCGCUACAAACUUAGUGACAAACCUUAGCAUAACAGAUUCCCUUUAUAAAGUAGUGUGAGGUUUUCGCCUUGUUAAAAAAAUAUGACAUCAAGAAAAAAAUUUGUCUUUUUCAGGUGUUUUAUGGACUUUAAAGUCGAUAAAGGAGAAUACUUGGGUCGUAUUAUCAUUGAAUUAUACUUUGAAUACGUGCCUGUAACAGUGCAAAAUUUUCUAGAAAUUUGCAAAUGCACAUCAUGUCUAACGUACAAAAAUUGUCUUGUACACAGCAUUGUUAAGGGGAAAUAUUUAGAAACUGGUGACAUAACUUUAGGUACUGGAAGAGGAGGAAUUUCCAUUUAUGGUGAUAGUUUCCAAGAGGAAAAUCACAUUUUAAAGCAUACUAAAGCAGGUUGAAUUUUAUCAAUGAAGAGAAUACGGCAUAAAACAGAGAAUAACUCGCAGUUCUGUAUUUCACUCAGUGCUCUGGAAGAGCUGGAUCAUAAAAAUGUAGUUUUCGGCAAAAUAGUAAAAGGCAGUUCUACGAUAUUCAAAAUAGAAGGCUACGGUAGAAAAAUCGGCAAACCAUUUGUAUCGAUUCGAAUUUCAAAUUGUGGCGCUCUAUAAAUUACCUGUCAAAUGUCAAUAUCUGACAGAUACAUAUAGGGAAUUUUCAUUUCACCCUAAAAGUUGGUAAUGAAAAUUGCAAAUGGCUAACAUUUUGUAGACAGGGUUGUACAUAAACGUGUUUGUGAAUUUUGUAGUGAUUUUUAAAUAAAAUUCAACAAGUAUUUUCUGUGAUUUGUAUUACAGUAUUGUUAGAUUUCUCACAAUUUGAGCCAUGUUGUAUUUAGAAGACUACCUAGAAAUGAUUGAACAUCUCCCUCAAGAAUUGAGGGAUAGAUUCACAGAUAUGAGGGAAAUGGAUCUUACUAUACAUAAUAACAUGGAUGAGCUGGAAAAACGAGUUAAAAUAUUCUUCAACGAUUGCAAGCGGUAUCCCCCAGAUCAGUUGCCUCAAAACAUAGAUGCUGAGUUCCAAGCUAUAAGAAAGGAAUAUUACAAGAAUCUUGAAGAGGCUGAUGAGAAGGUACAACUGGCAAGUCAGAUGUAUGACUUGGUUGACAAAUAUUUGAGAAGACUGGAUUCAGAACUUCACAAAUUCAAGUGUGAAUUGGAAGCUGACAAUAAAGGGAUAACUGAAGUGUUGGAGAAACGUUCUUUAGAGUUGGACACACCGAAUAACACAUCAAGCUUGUCAUCUUUGCAACAAAAAGAGAAUCGAUAUGAAAGUUUCAGAUACAGUCGACCGCGCACCGAGAAACGUCGAGACAGCAGCACCGCCUCCUUAACAUCUACCUCAUCUCUAGUGGGAGGUGUCGUGGGGGCAGGCUCGGGGGCACUGCCCAUCGGCAUGCCAUACGUUGAAAAGAGACAGACAGUGUCUGCAGCAGCCGUAGCGCAGCCGCCUCUGGUGGAGACCAGGCACAGUGUGCAAGCCGCCGUGCAGUUGCCUGUCACGUCGACGUCCGCGAUCAGUUACAAUUUGGGGCACACUUUGGGAGCGGGACCUGCCAUUGCGGCGGCCGCGUCGCAGGCUAUCGCCGCCACGCAACAGAUGCAACAGGGUAGAAGAACAGCAAGUUUGAAAGCUUCAUACGAAGCUAUAAAUACUGGUGGUCAUGGGCAUGAAUUCAGUAUUGGUAAAGAACUUGCAGGAGCUGCUCAAACGGCUAUCCAGGCGAUACAGCAAGACCAUGCUAAUAACAAGAAAAAACAGAAGAAAUGGAGCAGUAACACUUCCAGCAGUUCCUCAGCAGCCUCAGCAGUGGCAGCCUCUCCAAUAAUUCCAGCAGCGCAAGUAGUCGCUCCUGCUCCUGAAUCGCCUUCAGUCGACGUGGCUUCGCAAAAUGCUGAAGUCACCGACGGAGAAUGGACCUACGAUCCCAACGAGCCCAGAUAUUGCCUUUGCAACCAGGUGUCUUACGGUGAUAUGGUGGCCUGCGAUAACGAGGAUUGUCCAUCAGAAUGGUUCCACUACCCUUGCGUCGGUAUCACGGCACCACCAAAAGGCAAGUGGUACUGUCCUCAAUGCACAGCUACCAUGAAGAGAAGAAGAAAGAACUGAAUUCUAGAUGAUUAUGUGUGAACGUGUUUUGAUUAGUUUUGAGUGCAUUAUGAUGUGUGAUUAGUAUUCGUUUGUUAUCUGUUACGCUUAUACAUCUCUUUGUGUUUAUAUUUACGUUGUAUAUAUCUAGUAAAGUUUUAAAAUGGUGAGAACUGAUAUUUUAAUUUUACUUUU